AGUUCACUUAAGUAGAUCCUAAAUUUUAAUAUAUUUAUUGGAAAAAAUAUUUUGAAAAUUUUGAAAAUAAUGAAGUUAUUGAGCCGUUCCACACUUGGUGUCAUCAUUGGCAGUCUAAAUGUCCUGAUCUACUUUGUUUUGACCUGUUAUACCUUCGUCUAUGCACUGGCUUUACAAGCGGCUAUUAAAAAUAUCCAUCAGCGGAAUGCAGCAAGCUACGCAUUUAAUGCAAUAUUUAUUAUUUUAAUGGUAAUGUCUUUAAUAAUGAUGGGUGUAUCUGGACUACUAGUAGUGGGUAUUGUAAAAAGAAAACACACUUUGAUGGUUCCCUGGCUGAUACUUAGUGGCAUUGGUUUUGUAGUCUACUGUCUACGUUUCAUAUAUCAUAUAUUUGCCGGCAUUAUCUAUGGAGUUACCCUGUAUUCAGUUGUAAAAGUAUUUAUUGUGGGUGUAUUGUCAAUAGGUCUUUUCGGCUUAAUAAUAUGGCUGAUGUUUUUCCUAUUUAGAGAUAUACGCCGGCAGAAUGUUGAAAAUGCAUGCCAAAUUCAAUAUCAGUCAGCACAUGCGGGCUCAAUUGAAUCGUUCGAAUAAUUCAAAACCACUGUUUUCGAUCAAAAUAUUGUACGAUCAAUAAACUGUAGUUGACACAUGUUUAAGUAUGUAUAGUGGGGUGGGUUAAAUUUUUUGCGACAUAGAUCGCGAUUCUUGUUGUAUGGGUCUUUCCAAGAAACUUUGCCGAAGAAACCAUAGCUCAAAAAUGAAAGUCAAAUCUUUGAAAAUUUAUGAAUAUUUGAAUUUCUCAUAAUUAAAUCCGCGUGUUCGAAGUUAACUUUUGAACUAGAGUUUCUUCGGCAAAUUUUCUUGGAAUGCCCCAUACAACAAAAUUCGCGAUGUGUAUUUCUACAUUUUACCCACCCUAAGUCUAUACAUGUAAGUACAAAAUUUCAUU